AGCGGGAAGCGGAGGUGAGGGCUUUGUGGCCUAGAGGUGAUAGCACCUCUGGACUAGUCUGGAGGCGAGAGUGGGAAGGGCCUUCCUUUGCCCCGGCACGGGUCAGCCGCCUCCUCCGGGGUCUCCCUGCAUCGGAAGCUUGGAACGGUACACGUGGUUAGAAACGUUAUGGGAAGGAACAAGAUGGAAAGUAACAGCCCUUCCAGACUUCCUCUUCUCCAAAACAAAGCUAACUAGGAAGAUUUCUGGGUCUUUUGCUGGCCAGGGGCCUUCUCAGAGCCUCCAGCCAUGCGGCUGUCUGCCCUGCUGGCCUUGGCAUCCAAGGUCACCCUGCCUCCCAACUACCGCUAUGGGAUGAGCCGCCCAGGCUCCUUGUCAGACAAAAGGAAGAACCCUCCAGGGACCAGGCGGCGCCGGGUGCCUGUGGAACCCAUCUCUGAUGAAGACUGGCAUCUGUUCUGUGGGGACAAGGUGGAGAUCCUUGAAGGCAAGGACGCCGGGAAGCAAGGCAAAGUAGUUCAAGUUAUCCGGCAGCGAAACUGGGUCGUUGUGGAGGGACUGAAUACACAUUACCGCUAUGUUGGCAAGACGGUGGAUUACCGGGGCACCAUGAUCCCCAGCGAAGCACCCCUGCUCCACAACCAGGUCAAACUUGUGGAUCCCACAGACAGGAAACCCACUGAUGUGGAGUGGAGAUUCACUGAGGCAGGAGAGCGGGUACGAGUCUCCACAAGAUCAGGAAGAAUCAUCCCUAAACCUGAAUUUCCCAGAGCUGACGGCAUCGUCCCUGAAACAUGGAUUGAUGGCCCCAAAGAUACCUCAGUGGAAGAUGCUCUAGAAAAAACCUAUGUGCCCCGGCUAAAGACACUGGAGGAGGAGGUGAUGGAGGCGAUGGGGAUCCAGGAGACUCGGAGACACAAGAAAGUCUAUUGGUAUUGAGUCUGGGCAGAGCCACUGCUCCCCUCUUUGUCUUAGCCUUGAAGCUUGGGGCCACCUCUUCUUCAGAUGCUAAUAAAGAGCCUUGGGUCCUCCUCUGUGUA